UACUCUCUUAUUAUUUCUCACUAAAAUGGCUCCCAAGGGAGAUAAUGUUGUUGUCUCUAAUAUGAAGCUUGAGAGGAUGCUUAGCAUGAAAGGUGGGAAAGGCGAAACCAGCUAUGCCAACAAUUCCCAAGCCCAGGCAUUACAUGCGAAAUCCAUGCUUCACCUCCUUGAAGAAACCCUAGAUGGUGUUCAGCUAAACUCCCCUGAGGUGCCAUUUGUGGUUGUGGACCUCGGAUGCUCUUGUGGCAACAAUACAAUCAACAUCGUCGACGUGAUCAUCAAGCACAUGAUCAAGCGUUACGAGGCCUUGGGAUACGAGCCUCCGGAGUUUUCAGCUUUCUUUUCUGACCUCCCUAGCAAUGACUUCAACACCCUAUUCCAGAUCCUCCCUCCGCUAGCCAAUGACGGCGGCAGCAUGGAGGAGUGCCUAGCCUCCGAUAACCACCGCUCCUACUUUGCCGCUGGAGUCCCCGGCUCAUUUUACCGGCGACUCUUUCCAUCCAACUCCAUUGACGUUUUCUACUCAGCCUUUUCCUUGCAUUGGCUCUCGCAGGUGCCAGAAUGUGUGGUGGAAAAGAGAUCAUCAGCAUAUAACAAAGGAAGGGUGUUCAUCCAUGGAGCAAACGAGAGCACAGCAAAGGCAUACAAGAAACAGUUCCAAACGGACUUGGCAGGCUUCCUUAGAUCAAGAUCAAAGGAGAUGAAGAGAGGUGGGUCCAUGUUCCUUGUCUGCUUGGGGAGGACCUCACUGGACCCCACAGACCAAGGUGGGGCUGGGUUACUCUUUGGGACCCACUUUCAGGAUGCUUGGGAUGAUCUUAUCCAAGAGGGCCUAAUUAGUAGUGAGAAAAGGGACAAUUUCAACAUUCCAGUGUAUGCGCCAAGUCUGCAAGACUUCAAGGAAGUGGUAGAGGCAGAUGGGUCAUUUGCCAUAAACAAGCUUGAGGUCUUCAAAGGAGGAAGUCCUCUUGUGGUGAACCAACCUGAUGAUGCUGGUGAAAUAGGAAGAGCCCUUGCCAAUAGCUGCAGAAGUGUGGCAGGUGUCCUUGUUGAUGCCCACAUUGGUGACCACCUUAGUGAAGAGCUCUUUUCAAGAGUGGAAAGUAGAGCCACAAACCAAGCCAAGGAGGUACUUGAGCAGCUACAAUUCUUUCACAUAGUUGCCUCUCUUUCUUUUGCUUAGAGAAGAAGUGAGGGGUAAAAAGGGCAUUCAAUAUUUUUUUUUUUUUUUUUUUUACCUUAGUUUUUUUUUUUUUUGGGUCAUGUUUU